AAUAAGUCUAUUUUAGAUUUCCUUUGUUCCGGGAAUGAGGAGAGGAGAGGGGGCGUGGCCUGUGGUUGUUCUAUUCGAAACAGGAAGUCGCGCGCAGCAGCUACGCCAUUUCAGUAUGCAGCUCUCGAAGCUACGCCAUUUCGACUCAAACUCUUGGCUCGUCCGUUGUAGCACUUCAACUUUUCGACGAAGUUGUUCUUGUUUCGUGAAAACGAAUCUGUGAAUCUCGGAGCAUUUUCACUGGCUGAGCAGUUAUUCAGUUAGGUGAGCUUAGAUUUGGAAGAAGCUUCUUUUUAAGCGAAAAGGAAGCCAUUUUGGACGCUUCGUAUCUCAUGUAUCCUCCGUCCAGCAGUUUUGAAAUGAUGUUGGGGGAAACGCUCGGUGUUGAACCGAGCCUGGAUAACGUCGAGAACAACGAACCGACUCGACUCAUUUCCUGCGGAAACCUGAACAAGUCCACAACCAGACGAACUCUGCUGAAGAAAGGAGGACACCGGGUCCGUUUACAGAGCAGAAAUGCCCAUAAACAGAUGGUGGUGAUGAGGAAUAACCCGACACGUUUAACCGACGUCAACAACAACAACAAUAACAACAACAGCAGCAGCGAUGUUAACCCCACGUCACCGAGUAAUAACAACACCGAGCAUCCGGCCAGCAGAACUGCACCGAGUGGCUCGACACACUUAAAAACAACAUCCAAGAAGGAGCUGCUGAAAUCAAAAACAGGAAGAGGAGAAAGAGGAAGCCAGCCGAGUAGGCCGUCUCUACACAGCACAGACAAACACGAGCCGUUCGUGCCGAACCUGAACGCACGUUCUCAAAAGAGCAAGCAUGCCAAAUGCGAGAACAGGGAUCGGAAGAGGCCUUUGAGCUCAGCGAACGCUCCAAGAAGCGUGAAUGGAGACCUCUCAUCUGAGGAUAAUCUUAAAGAUACAGAGAAGACCUACGCUGGAGCAAAGUUCAGCGAGCCACCUUCACCGAGUGUGUUGCCCAAGCCACCGAGCCACUGGGUGGGUGAAAACGGCCUCAAACAUUCCGACAGCAGCCGGGAGAAGAUGUCUGUACAUCUAAAAACCAUAUUGAAAGUCCAGUCCAAGCCAUGACUCCAAUUACAAAAACACCACCACCACCAAAAACAACAAACCCUUGGAUCUUUCAGUUGCUGUGUAAACACCUUCACAGCAGGAAAAAAUUAGGCAUUGGAUUCUCAGGCAAAAGAGAAUUUGUCCUCCAGGAAGUCAGGACAAAAAAAUAUUGGAAGCUUGUUGCAACAAGUGUUGAGUUUUGAUUGCAAUAUUAAAAAUAUCUUGCUUUUUUUCCUUUAGAAAGAGACCUUUUUUUUUUUAUUAAACUUGUGUAAAUGUAAAUACUGUAAGACAUGUAAUAUAUAUGUGUAUAUUUUUGGAUGUUAUUUUAACCGAAGAGUAAAUCUAGUUUUGUUACUGAAGCUUAUGAUUUCCCUUAUGAUCUGAUGGUAUGCUCUUCACAAGUGUACUGAUUGAGGCACAGCGAGCCAUCUCGGGACACGCGUUACAUGUAAAAGGUUUGCAUCGUUUUGCACAAGACUGAAAAACCAAACCGGGUCCCUUUCAAGAUGUGAGAAUAAACUAGUGUGCGCUGCUACGGCUGAACGCAUCUUCGCUGUCAUGGACUGUCCUGGACAGGGAUGCAGGUAAUAAAAGGGAGAGGAAGUUGAAAACGUAAGGACUGUGUUGUAUGAGGAACACUGCCUACAACUGAAGCAAAUGGACAAAUCGCAAACUGCACUUAUGAAAACAAUUGAUUUUGUUCUAUCAGUCUACAAGCACCAGUCCUUCUGGUAAUGGACAAUUUUUUUUUCUUUCAUUCUGUAGCAUUUGCCUGGUUUAUUACAUUAAGAAUGUUGUAUUUUGACAUGAAAUGAUGUUUACUAUGAGAGGUUUUGUGGUUGACAUGUUUACAUGUCUGUGGAGAAAAGCCAGGCAUCUACCAUCUUUUUUUCCCCCUUUUGACUAAACAUUCAUUAAACCCAAGAUAUUUUUUAUAUUCGCACAAAUCCAACACAUUUUGUUGCAACACUUUUUAAUAAUAUUUGGCCUGUUUUUUUAAAAGUACAAAAGUAACUUGUAGCCCCAUUUAUUAAAUUGGUCUGAUAAACGUUAUGAACGUUUUUAAUUAAAAGCACUGAAAUAAAGAAUUCGGCCAUCCCCUUUA